GAUCUAUUUGACACUUAAUGACAAAGCUACACUCCCGAUGAAAGAGGAAAACAUUGAAGAACACAUCCAUAACAAAUUUUUGUUUUAAGUUGGGUGAUUAACAUUUCUUAACUCUUCCUAGUAUUCAUAUAAUAAAACAAGAGGAUUUAAAUACCAUUUGAAAGGUAUUUGUUGGUUGAAUAAAAUGGGAGACAAUAAUGAUGGAGAAAAACAACCCCUUCUUAAUGAUGGAAAUACUACUAUCACCACCUACAAUGAGGAUUCAUCGGAUAUAUACCAAACUGUACAAACUACAGUUUCACCUAUUGGACCUGACGAACUACCGCCUCCCUUUUAUCAGCCAUCUGAAGGUGGUGGUGGUGUCCCGAUGGUUACAUGUCGAGUUUGCCAAGCUAUGAUAGAUAUUUCCGGUAAAAGAGAUCAACACGUUGUUAAAUGUUCCCAAUGUAAUGAAGCAACACCUAUAAGAAAUGCGCCUCCUGGUAAAAAAUACGUCCGUUGUCCUUGCAAUUGUCUACUUAUAUGCAAAAGUUCAUCUCAAAGGAUCGCUUGUCCAAGACCGAAUUGUAAAAGGAUUAUUAAUUUAGCUCCAAGUCCUGUUACGCCACCGGUUCCUACCAUGCCAGGCAUGUGUAGGGUUACUUGUGGCCAUUGUCAUGAUACUUUUUUGUUCAACACUUUGAACAAUGCCUUGGCUCGCUGUCCCCAUUGUCGGAAGAUAUCUUCGGUUGGACCGGAUUAUGCAAGAGGAAGAUCUAAUAUCUUCCUCGGUCUCUUCGUUAUAUUAUUGAUCAUAUCCAUAGGAGUAACGGUGGGUACUGCUUAUAUGGCGAUAACCCAUAGCGGAAUCUAUGUGGCAUAUGUCUGUUUAUUCUUUACAACAUUAAUUUUACUUAUACGCGCCGUUUAUUAUCUUUCUAUGAAAGUUAGUAUCAUAGAAGGACCUAUGUGAAUUAUUUGUUAAGUAACAUACUUAUUUAUUUAUCUGCCUUACAGAAAAAAUCACAUUGAAUCGAUAUCUGUACUAGAUUUUUAUGUUUCUAAAUAUUUUUGAUUUUAGGUCUCUUCUGUUUCAAAAAUUAUUAAAAACACCAAUUUUGGAAACAGAGGAGACCUUAGAAACAUAAACAUAUCAAAAAAUAUGAGAAAUUAAAGAAAUUCACUAAAUUUUUUAGAAUAUUGUUUUUUGUUGGUUUGUCUUAAUUUCCUCCAUCUUCCAAAUGCUUUUUAAUGUUGGUGAGGGGUGGUUAAGUUGAAAUUUUUGGAACAGUUGGUGAUAUAUUAAUAACGAACAAAGUAUUACAUUAUUUGGUCCUUUAAACAGGACAUGAUCCUGCAAUCUAAGGACCAGGUAUCGACAAAAGUAAUUGAUAAACAAUGAGGAUUGUCCGGAAUUAUGAAAUCUCAAUUUUUUUUCUUGUAAGGCAGAUAAAAACUUCACAGUUUCAUUUAUUUAUAUAUAUAUAUAAAUAUCUGGAUUCCGUUUAGUGUGUUGGUAGUAAUUUAAAGCCAAAGUGUAAUAUAUGUAUAAUAUAAAAGAAUCCAGAUAUUCUUAUUAAAUUGAGGUGUAUUAUAUAGUUUUUAGUACAUAAGCUUACAAAAGCAGAAUUUUUUUAUCUUUCACCGUAUAUUUUACCAAAAAUUAUAACUUAUAUAUAUAUCCCAAAUAUUUAAAUUACUUGUAACUAUUCACCGAUGAUUAUAUGAAACAUUCCUUGAACAUGUCUUAAAAAUUGAAGGUGAUUUAUAAGAAAAAAUGGCGUUUUGUAAAAAAACCGUGAUGUUAGAUAAUAUAUAAUAGGAUAGAAAAAUUGUAAGACGCAAACCAAGUUAUAGUUGCUAAAUUUCGAUGAACGCGCGCUGUUUAUACAGUUAUGAGGAUAUAGAAUCCAAAAUAUUGCUGGUUCGAAAUAAACUUACCUUCCCAAUUUUAUUUUAGUGCUAAAAUUCUUGUUUACCUCCAAAACUAGUGAAAUUUCCAUUUUAACUAGAAAAGUAGUAAAAUUUUCCUCUGGUUUAUUUUAGGUUAUGUACCUUAUGGUUCUACCUUCGAGAUAAAUGUAAUUUUAUUUGUUUUCCUUUAUCAUAUUUAAAAAUUUCUCAAGUAUUCAUUUAAUUGUGCAAAAAAUUCUCAUAAAAUACUUGGUUCUCAAUCUGUAUGUGAUACAGGGUCUCCAAAUUAAUACGUUCGAUGGAAAAUCUGGAUACCAGAUCAAUUUUGGUCAAUAGGAUGAUUAUUUAUAACAAAAAUGCUUUAGAUGUGACAAAGAAUCUAAAAAAAAGUUGAUAUUUCCAUAACUCCCCAUUUUAAUUUGCAAAAAUUAUAUUUUAUACAAUUUUAUACCAAAUUCUAACAUUUUUCAAUCAAUAGUUUGUUGUUUUUCCAAAAACGUGUCAAAUGGUUCGCUCUGUAUAUUUUAAAAUUUCCAAGCUUAACAUCUUCUUUUCCCCCAUCCCAUUUAAUAUUUUCUCAAAUAUUCAUUUAUUUUUCCAACAAAAAUACUUGGUUCUCAAUCUGUACGUGAUACAGAGUCUCCAAAUUAAUACGUUCGAUGGAAAAUCUGGAUACCGGAUCAAUUUUUGUCAAUGGGAUGAUUAUUUAAAACAAAUAUGGUUUAGAUGUGACAAAUAAUCUAAAAAAACUUGAUAUUUUUCAUAAUUUCACGUUUUAAUUGCAAAAAUUAUAUUUUUUCACAAUUUUCUCCCAAAUUCUAACACUUUUCAAUCAAUAGUUUGUUGUUUUCCCAAAAACGUGUCAAUUUGGUUCACUCUGUAUAUUACAAAAUUUCCAAGCUUAAUAUCUUUAUACUUACAAUUAAAAAAAAUCAAAUUAUUGUAGCAAUUAAGGUAAAUUGAAACAAAUACCCUGUAUAUGAUUUGAGAACUUACAAUAAGUUUUACCCUUGCUGUAAGUUGUCAAUUUGACAUAUUCCCGUACACUUGAAUAAAUUGACUUAGGAUAAGCUCGAUUAUAUACUAUAAUAUUUAUGUGAAUAUUUUUGUUGGUAAUCGUUUGAUGUGCAUAUUUUUGAAAAAUUUCAUAUUUAUUUGGUAUAUUUUGUAUUGGUCACACCGACAACAAAAAAAGGAACUGAAAUCAACAGAAAUUUAAUUAAACUGUGACUUGUUAUAUCAGAACCCAAUCCCAAUAUGGGAUCAGGCCUCCACAUUUUACUCCCAACCUGACAAAUGAAAAACUACUUGCAUUGUACAUUGAAUUUCCCCAUUUUCCUGGUGUCUUAGUUCUUUGCUUUGAAGACAUUUUGGAGUCAUCUAUAUGAAAACCAUUGGAUCUGAUUGAUUAGAUGUAUCGAAACAAAAAUUUUGUUAAUCUUCAAAAAAUGUCUGAUUGGUUUUUGUUCCUUUAAAAAGUGAACAUUAUCUUGCACCUCCUCGUUAAUCUCAUGUUAUGGUCCUUUGUUAUUUUGGAUAUAAAUCUUCAAAAAUUUUGUAAUUCCAGCAAUUUACAAGGUACAAAUAUCCUUUAAUAGUGUAAUCCAAUGUGGGGUUUGGUCUCCUUUAAAAUUUGCUAAUGUGACAAAUGAACUACUGGGUCCUACAUUAUCUGUUUAAUCUGACCAUUUUUAUUUUUCACUAUAUCGUUUUUUUUUUCAUUUGUUAUAUCCAAAGGUUUACUUAUUAUCCCCUGUAAGUUUUUCUUUAAAAUCUGCAGUUUUUUCCUCGCUGUAAUAAAUCAUAAGUUAUGGAGUGAUGAAAUUUUCAUUUUGGUACAAUUAUUAAUCAUUUUUUCUUUCAAAUAUUUACUAUUUCAUUGUUAAAUAUACUUUUCUCAGUUUUGUUCAAUCCACUGUUAUUUCUUUUCUUAUAAGUUUUUUUUAAACACCUUCACCAAUCUUGUCAUAUAAGCCCACUGCCCCAUUUUUAGUUCCUCUUCAGUUUUUAUGUUUCGCAAUAAAGUGAAAAAAGAUCUUUAAAGGGUUUUACCAUCCAUUUAAUCUGAAGCAUCACAUUAAAGUAGCGGAAAAGGUUGUAUGUGAAGAAUCUAAUAGAAAACAAGAUAUAAUUAAUUAUUUGUUUUUUUUAUUAAUAUGUUGUUGAUGUGAUUAUUACUUGAAAGUAGUUCAAACAUUUAUUUAGUUAUAUUGAAUGGCUAUCUGGAAAUUUAGUGCUUUUGAAUCAGCGCGAAACAGAAAAAGUGCUAUAAGGACAUUUUGGUAUAUAUAUUAUUAAAAAAAUAAUGACCAAUGUGAUAAAACUGCAAUAUACACAGUGUUUUAGAAGUUUAAAGUCACAUACUUUCUUUAUCUGAAUAUUAUUAAUAAAUUGAUGAUGUUAAUAAUUUUUCUAGUCCACAUCUUUAAUAUCCUCAUCGGUUGGCCAGUAAAUUUUAAGAUGGACAGUUGUUUAUAUAUAUAUUUUUCUCAUAAUUUAACUAAAGGUAUUAAAAUGAGAGACUGACAGACAGAUAUUGUAUUAUUAAAGUUAUAAACUCAUUCAUUUACGAGAUACAGUAAUUUAAAUGUACUCAAACUGUAGCAGGACUUGGGUAUUUGAACACUUCAUCAUAAAACGAAGGCAAAAGGAUAUUUUUCGGUCUACAAGGAGAAAUUAGUUAACGUGCAGAGAUUCAUGUUGAAAUUCAACUUAAUUUGCUUCACAUUCACUGCAGGAUUGUCUCACCAACAUCAUUAUUUCGUAAAACCUUAUCAAUGUCCUACUAAAAUUGCUGUCACUUGGUGUUUGAAUCCUGCAUCCUUUUGAUUCAUAAUCUUCAUUAAGUUUAAUGUAAAAGGAUAUUUUUUGGGUCUACAAGGAUCACAUAGUCAACGUUUUGAGAUUCCUGUUGAAAUUCGACUUGAUUCGAUUCACAUUCACUAUACGAUUGUCUCACCAACAGCAUUAUUUUGUAAAACCUCCAUGAAGUCCCAUAAAAAUUGGGGUAAUUUUUAAAUCACCUCAUUACACCCACUUGAAGUCGUUGUAGUAUACCUAGAAGGAGCCAGCCAGGAUUUGUGCCAUGGAACUAAACAGAAAUCUUUAAUAUCGUGAAAGUUUAGAAUUUUGUUCUUUUCAUUUUCUUUUGUUUCGAUACUUAAUAGGAACCCGUAGAAGAUUGUCAAUUCUGCAACCUAGAUCGACGAAAAGGGCAGAAAAGAAUGGAAAGUACUACAUUUUGUAUGAAUAUACAAAAUUGCAUGUAUACUAGAGUCACUGUAAAUGUGAUUUUCAUUAUUAAAAAGUGAUCAAAUGUUUAAUUUAUUCCAAUCUUGUGAAACAUUAACUUCUGAGAUGCAUUAAUGUGAUAAAAAUUGAAUUUUUUAAGUUAAAUAUAUUUCUUUUUUGAAAAUUUUAAAAACUAUAUUCAUCCAGACAGCUAUUCAAACUUAUAAAAAGUAAAAGUAAGUUUUUUUAUAGGUAAUUCUCAUGAAAUUGUAUUAUUUAUCUUACUAGAAGUGAAAAGUAUCGUACUCCCCAGAAUAAAUAAGUUUUGACGAUUUAAAUGUUAGGGAAUGAUGAUUAUAUUCAUUUUUUAUGAAAUCGUAUUAUUUAUUUUCUUAAUUAUAUUUAAAAUUCGACUAGGUUAUGUUAAAUUACAAAUUAUGAGUAAAACUAAUAUUGCAGUUUGAACAAGACUGAAAGAAUACUCUUCAGCAAUACUUUUUCUUAUCGUAGUGGUAAUUACAGUUCAAUUAAAACAAUAAACAAAGCUCAGAAUAUUAUAAUCUCUCAAGAAUCAGUUUCACAUUACAUUCUCAUCGAUUCUAAUCAAAAUACUCACAAAUUUAGCUGUUUAUUUCCAAAUAACAUCCUCUUCUGAUUAAUUUUGGGAGUUGAAUUUUCUGUAAAAGUUUCAAAGCGCAAAUUUUAUUCAAAAUGAGGGAACGACAAAACAAAUCAUAACCUAAAAAAACCUUUUUUAUUUUUCACUAUGAUGGAAUGAUUGAAUAAAAUGUGAUUUUUAAAUCUUUUUACAACAAUUACUCCAACAAACUUGAAGCCAAUUCGCCAUUCCGAACAAGUAACUGUACUACCAACUGUCAAAAACUAAUGCCAGUAUUACCAAAGUCUUCAAAAAUAUACCUACCUAUCGACUGUUGGUAAUGCUGUGAAGGAAUGAUUAUUUUACAUGGGGCAAAUGUCGAGUUAACAUUAGACAAGUAUUCAAUAACAUAUGAUACUAAAUCCAGAGAAAUUUUGAAAGUUUGUUGUAUUUGCAAUAGACAAACCAUAGUUCUAAACAUAUUUUUUAAAAACUUCUUAAUAAAAACUUCCCAAAGAAGUUUCUUAUUUGUUUUUUUACAAUAUAAGUGUAGGAUAGUUAUUAUUUACAAUUUUUUUCAAUACAAAAAAACAAGGGGUAGUUCUACUGUUGAAAAGAAUAUAUUAUUCGAUGGCUGUUUGACAGAAGGCUCACUUUUCAAGAAAAAGGUCACUUUACUAUAAAAACUACUGAAAUCUCAACACCACGUGACCUUAUUUACCAAAAAAAAACCCAGUCCAUUGCAUGGACUGUAUUUUUGUUUCUGUGGUAUAACAGUGUACUCUAAUUUCCCCUAUUGCUACAUACCAAUGGAAUAAUACACUUAGAUCACGUUUGAAUGUUCGAUACGGUCGAGCUUUUGCUAGGAAUUAAGCAAUCACGGCACCUACCUUACUGUUUCUUAUGUAGUUUAUCAAUUUGAAAAGUAUGGACAAAAGAAUGAGAACUGCUUAUUAUGGACUAUUUCUGUUUAUACAUAGUCUAUCUAGGAAAGAGCUAAAGAGUAUGUGUUUCCAUAGAUAUAUAAGGUGCCUUUUUCACCACGCAAAGAUAUUCCAUUUAUCAUCGGGCACUGGUAAAACAACUUAUACCAACAUUGGUAGCUUGGGUUAUGGGAAUACAAUAGACAAUGUUCUGAUCUAGAUAUUCCUCACAAAUGCCCAUACAAUCCCAACAUUUUUAGCCUUGAUGUUCUUUCAAAAAAGUUAGGUUAGGUUUGAUCUAAAAACUGCUGGGAGAGGAGUUUCAAGAUUUCAUGAGAAUUAUCAUUACAUUUUAGAGCAAAAAUCGUAUCAAUUUGAUUAUUUUUAUAAUAUAAACAUGGUGUAUGAUGAUAUAUACGAGGUGUUAUCGAAAAUACAGUGAAUUAUAUUGAUUUAAAAAAAAAAUCGUAAUGAUUAUGUAUCCUGUAUUAGGAUUUUAUUGAAAUUUUCUCAUAACAUGUGUCCAAUGAUACUUACAACCCACUUCAAAUUUUAUUAAAAUCACUUUUUGUGGAAAACCUUUCCACUACGUUAUAAAUAAAUUUUUAUAUCAAGUAAAAUAAAAUUGAAAUUAAUCUCCUCAAAGUAUUGUCUUUAGCUAACUAACAUUUGUCUCAAUUGUGAAUCCAUGACGGAAAACAUUUCUGGAAAGUUUCUUACGGAUGGGAUUUCAUGGCAUGUCAGAAAAGAAGUUUUUAUUUUCGAGAAACCAUCAAUCACUUGGUGAUGAAUCUGGUGAGUUUUGCGGAUGAAACAAAAAGACUUCUAGCGAUCAAAAAAUCUCAAAUUAAAAGCAAAACGUGUUUCAAUGAAGAAGAAGAAAGUUGUUGGUUCAUUCCACUUCAUAAUUUGGAGUUUCCCUUGGUACUAACCCUUCACAAUAAAAAAAGUAAUGACAAUAGAUAUAAUGGGCAGGCCUUUCUACAGCAAGAUAAUUCAUCGGUUAUUUUUAUACCAGAAUCAUACCUAUAGGAAGAUUUAAAUAUUUAGCGAGCUUGUUUUGACAUUUUUUUAUAAAUUGCUAGACAGGUACUGCAAAUAUGAUGUAACUUAGUGAUUUACCAAAACGGGUUUAAACUGAAUGUAUGAGAAUUUUUUAUCACACCUCGUAAAUAGAAUUGGUAUUUAUCAAAAAUAUUUUUCUUGUGAUAAAAUCAUUCAUCCUGUUUAUAUUGUCAACUAUUUUUAUUGGCCAUUUUUUUAUAUUUCAAUUGAAAUUUUAUUUUUGAGUUUUGGCGUUUCGGAAACAAAUUUUAAUAUUUUUCCUGCAACUAAAACUUACUUCAUGUAUAGUAAAAAAAAUUUUUAAAGGCAAUAAUGUCAAGUACUUGGCGUUUCCCAUAGAUAAAAAAAUUUAAAAUACUGGCGAUUUGUGUUAUUGUAUCAUAAUAAAUGUUGAUUAUUAUUAUAAAUAAUUAUUAAUAAUAUACUUUCUUAUCCAAAAAUCCUCAAACGAAUCCUACAACAGACCUGAAAAUUCUUGGGACGACCAUAUAUGAUAAUUUAUACACCAACUGUGAUCUCGGAUAGGCUAUAUGGGGUUGACACUACCGAUGGAAAUUUUUCAAUGUACUGUUUUUGCUAUUCAUAUAAACAUAUAUUUACAAUUUCAAAAUUUUUCUCCAUUUAGCUUAAAAAAAUGUUCACAAUAUCAUUGAUUAGGUUGAAUGGACGUUUUAGUUGUUGGAAUAAUAUUUUGAUCAAUGAAUUUAAUGUUUUUAUGAUAGACUGUAUUGAAGGGUGAUAAUAAAAAUUUUAUAUUUAA